CGUCAGUCAAGGAGGAAGAAUCUUCCGUCGCUUCGAGCUCGGCACCAGGCUCCGUGGGAAAGGAAGCCCGAGGCUUGCUGAGAACAUGAAUGAUUGGAUGCCCAUCGCCAAGGAGUAUGACCCGCUUAAAGCUGGCAGCAUUGAUGGCACCGAUGAGGACCCACAUGAUCGAGCUGUCUGGAGGGCGAUGCUGGCACGAUAUGCCCCCAACAAAGGUGUCACAGGAGACCCCCUCCUCACCCUGUUUGUGGCGAGACUAAACCUGCAGACCAAAGAGGAGAAGUUAAAGGAAGUAUUUUCCCGCUAUGGGGACAUCCGGCGGCUUCGGCUGGUGAGGGACUUGGUCACGGGCUUUUCGAAGGGCUAUGCCUUCAUCGAAUACAAAGAGGAGCGUUCUCUGCUCAAAGCUUACCGGGACGCCGAUGGCCUGGUUAUUGACCAACACGAGAUAUUUGUGGACUAUGAACUGGAAAGGACUCUCAAAGGGUGGAUUCCUCGGCGACUUGGAGGAGGCCUGGGGGGGAAAAAGGAAUCUGGGCAGCUGAGAUUUGGGGGGCGGGAUCGGCCUUUCCGAAAACCCAUUAAUCUGCCAGUUGUUAAAAACGACCAGUUUCGAGAGGGAAAGAGGGAGAGAAGGGAGCGAUCUCGAUCCCGAGAAAGACACUGGGACUCCAGGAUGAGGGAUCGGGACCAUGACCGGGGCCGGGAGAAGAGGUGGCAGGAAAAAGAAUCAACUCGGGUGUGGCCAGAAGGUGACUGGGACAGAGAGAGGGACUUCAGAGACGACAGGGUCAAGGGGAGGGAGAAGAGGGACAGAAGUAAGUAGACUCCAUCCCCUGCCAAACCCAAACGAAGGUACCCGACCAGUAAAAGUGCAGGGAGGCCUGCACUGCUUGUAUACAGAAUCCAAGUCCAGUGGUUGAAUAAAACCUACUGAUGAAAACAAAAACAAAACAGAAAAAACUUACUAAUGAUAAUGGGGUUGGGUACGUUUUCUUUCUACUCUGGAAUGCAGGUUCAAGAUGAAAUUUUGAAUUUUCUCUUCUUCAUCUUAUAGUUUUUGUUUCUGUUUUUUUGGGGCUCAUGGGCGGUUUGCGGGAUCUUACUUCCCUGACCAGGGAUUGAAUCCGCGCCCUCAGCAGUGAAAGUGCAGAGUCCUAACCAUUGGACCACCAGGGAAUUCCCUUCAUCUUAUAGUUGUAAGGACCCAUUAUUUGAUAAGCUUGAGAAACAAUUUUGCAGUCACCAGCAUCUGUACAGAAAGGCCUGUGUAAGGAGCCACCACUCAUUUAAUUUGGCAGUACGGAAUUUGCUUUUUCUCCCAUCUAUUGGAAAUGACCAUUUUGAGGGUUUGGCAAAAAGAGGUGAUGACUGAAAACCAUUUGCACUGAUCUGUGACUCCUGGGAACCCAAAUCUGGUCAGAAUCUAAGUUGUGUGUUUUCCACCUUUAUGUCCAUAGUGCAGGGUUUGCUGCAGUGAAAUAAAAAUGAGAUAGAAAAAUGAAUCCAAGGAGAAUGUCCAGAGACUUAGUACCAAAAGCCAGUCUUAGCAGUGAUCUGGGUCAGCAACCAGCUUCUCUUGAACAAAUGUAACUCCAUUCUCGAGCCAAAUGCUGACUACCUUUUUUCCUUUUCUCUUUUUGGCGGGGUGGCUGGCAUUUAAAAUGAAAACCCAGAGUUGCAGGGCUUUGGGGCUAUGGUCUAUGGCAAUCCUCCAGCCCUUGGAAAAGAGAAAGUUCAAAAGAAGUGAGAGUGAAAUGAAAAUGAAAUCAAUGAAAGGGUAGCAGCUAGUUCCGAUGGACUGAUUUGCCUUUUCCCUCUUGAUCAUCCAGCCUCUGGUUUGUUUGAAACUGGAUAUAUUGACCUGAACUUCUGAGAGCUUUGAAUA